AAAAGAAUUAAACGAACGAAUAGAAGAGUCAGUGUGGUACUGCGCGAUCUCCCUCGACGUCGUGUUUGACCUGCAGCAAACCCUAGAAAUUCGCACGCCCCGGGAUUGCGCAAUCGUCCUCCUCUCGCUGCGAAUCGGAUCUCCUCCGCUCUCGGCUUCCGGCUCCCCGUGGAUCUCUCUCUGUUGCUCCGGAGGUGUGCCGGCGACGUGGGAGGGGCGGCGAAACCCGAAAAAUGACUUGCGCAUCUCGCGUCAUCAAUCACUCGAGAAAGUUACGGAAUGUCUCUGCGCUACUAAGGCAAGAGAAUGCCCUUUUUGUUCGGUGGAUAACAAACAGUUCUCAUACGGUUUCCAGUAAAAGAGAUGAUGCUUUAAGAAUUCGUCAUCAUGGCUACGUACCUGCGGAAAAGCAGUGUUAUUCUAAGUCUCUCAAUGAUGGGAUGAUGUCAUCACCAGCCAUGUUGAAGAGCAGUAUGCAUUGGAUGAUGGCAAAGAAAUUGGGGAAUCCGCCAGCUCUGUCACUACAGACCAACAAGUCCUCCUUGACAAAUGUGCAUCUGAAGAGAGGUUUGUCUUCUGACUCAGGACUUCCACCACACCAAGAAAUCGGGAUGCCUUCUCUCUCACCUACAAUGACCGAGGGAAACAUUGCAAGAUGGUUAAAAAAAGAAGGUGACAAGAUGUCUCCUGGUGAAGUACUUUGUGAAGUGGAAACUGACAAAGCUACGGUUGAGAUGGAAUGCAUGGAGGAAGGUUAUCUUGCUAAGAUAGUUAAAGGAGAUGGAUCAAAAGAAAUUAAAGUCGGUGAGGUGAUUGCUAUCACUGUCGAAGAUGAGGAGGACAUUCAGAAGUUCAAAGAUUACAGUCCUUCAGCUUCAGAGGACAAGGUUUCUGCAGAUAAAUCUGAGCCUUCCACACCCAAAAAAGAAGUAAUUGAAGAGCUUCCUAAAGCUCCAGAGCCAAAAGUUUCCCGGCCAAGUUUGGUUGCUUCUGAGGACCGCAUUUUUGCUAGCCCUAUCGCAAGAAAAAUGGCUGAAGAUCACAAAGUUCCUCUUUCAAGCAUCAAAGGAACCGGUCCUGAUGGUCUUAUCGUGAAGGCUGAUAUAGAAGAUUACUUGGCUUCUGGUAGGAUGGAAGUUCCAGCUGCAGCUUCUAAGCAGAAGGUUGCUACCGCUCCAGAUUUGGACUACACAGACAUUCCACAUUCUCAAAUAAGGAAGAUCACAGCUUCACGCUUGCUAUUCUCAAAGCAAACUAUACCUCAUUACUAUUUGACAGUGGAUACAUGUGUUGACAAAUUAAUGGACUUGCGUAGUCAACUGAACUUAUUGCAAGAGAGCUUGGGUGGAAAGAGGAUAUCGGUGAAUGAUCUUGUAAUUAAGGCUGCUGCACUGGCUCUUCGCAAAGUCCCACAAUGCAAUAGUUCAUGGACCGAUGAUUGCAUCCGCCAGUAUCACAAUGUAAAUAUAAAUGUAGCAGUGCAAACAGAUAACGGGCUAUAUGUCCCUGUUAUAAGGGAUGCUGACAAGAAAGGCCUCUCUAAGAUUGGAGAAGAGGUCAAACAUCUGGCCCAGAAGGCCAAAGAGAACAGCUUGAAGCCAGAAGAUUAUGAGGGAGGAACAUUUACAGUAUCCAACUUGGGUGGACCAUUUGGUAUCAAGCAAUUCUGUGCCAUCAUAAAUCCACCUCAGUCAGGCAUUCUUGCAGUGGGGUCUGCUGAGAAGAGGGUUGUACCCGGCUCAAGCCCCGGUGACUACAAGUUUGCAUCCUUCAUGUCAGUGACUCUAAGUUGUGAUCAUCGUGUAAUUGAUGGUGCUAUCGGAGCCGAGUGGUUGAAAGCAUUCAAGGGCUACAUUGAAAAUCCAGAGUCCAUGUUGCUUUAAAUCUCGGUCACUGCUUUUCCCUUUUACAUAUUCUUUCAAGAUGGCAGAUCAGGAUGAGGGGUGUCAUUGUUUCAAAUUGUUCUCCUGAGUUCAAGUCCCAAUUGCUCGUUGUAUCAUUCAGUUCCUCCCGGUUCGUGUUUUCUCCAUAGUUAAAGGCCCACUUUUGCUCUCGAAUAAAGUCGAGGUUGAGGCGAGGAAGCCAUCACUGAGUUUUGAUUUUUUUUGCUGAGUAAUAAUCCCUUGAAUGGGCGUAAUAUGAGGCUGUCGAAUUUGUCUUUGCUGUC